CCUCUUCUCACCACACAACACACGACAGCAGCUAUCCUCUGGGCGACGCCGACACGGCGCCAUCUUCUCUCCGGCGGCACCAUCUUCUCUCCGGCAGCACCAGAUCUGACCAUUCUCUCAUUCCGCCAUCUUCUCUCCACGGCGCCAUCUUCCCCAGCUUUGGCGGACUGUCAAAUACACCAAGAGGCGGGAGAUUUCUAGGAUCGAAGGCAUCUCGAUCUUUCCUAUUCUCGGAGCUCCGGUGCUUUGGCCGACUGUCAAAAACACCAUUACCGGCGAGAUCAGGGCAAAAUGAAAUCAAAAGGCUCGAAGGGAAAACGAGCUCAAGCACCGAUAUCUAGCAGCAAUGUGCUUAAUGUCAGUGAGGCCGAGUGUGAUGAUGUUGGAAUGGAUUCCUCAAGUGGGGAAGAGAUGGAAAUCGAAAAUGAUGCAAGUACGAGCAAGGUUCUUUGAUCUUUAUUUAUGGAUAAUCUGUUCUUUUAGUUUGAUGGAAACUACACGGAAGCCGUCAAAGCUGAAGUACUUGUUUUGUUUGGAUCGAUUCCUGAACUUGACCCUAAGAAUGUGGAGACUACAAUUCAGAAUGGCUGCUGAAGUUUUGGACAAGCCAUGUUGGAUCGCUGAUGUUGACUUUUUCACAAGCAGAAUAAUGUCUUAGUUUCGUAAGGUUCAAAUUGUAGUGUUGAUGGUACAUAGUUGAAGUUUCUGAGUUGUUGCCUUCGGUUUCACAGAACUAUGUGGGCUUGAUCUUCAAACUGGAAUGUUUGCUGAGGUGGUCUUUCGUGAUGAAUUUUGUUUUAGUUGAUGGGAUAUAUAGUUGCAGCAGCUUUAAUAUAUAUACUCCCUAAUGUAUGUAUGCAUAACCAUAUAGAGUUAUUAACAGUUCCAGGAAAAUUAGCUUUCAAGUGAGAAAAUUAGCUUUCAAGUUCGAAGCUGUAAGCCUGUAAGGGCUGAGUCAAUGCUGCUCCCUGUGAGCUGGUGACAGGAUGGGGAAGAGAAACCUUCAUCUUUGCGGGGCUAUUGUCAUAUGAAUUGUUAAAUGCAGCAG